UAUCUUUCUCACAAACAGCAUGUGAAUAUUGUGAGAUAACAGGAUGUUAUUACCGGUGAGUGACUGUGCGCAAGGAGAGCCUCAGUUGUUUCCAGCCAUUUUGGUUUGUGUCCCUUCCUCGAGUAGCAAUACUCACCAUGCCGCCCAAAAAAGAUAAAAAGCCUGCAACAGGAGCGACUGGGGGCAAGUCAGCAGGCGGGUCUGAGAGCAAGCCCGCUGCUGGAGCCACUGGUGGAAAGUCAACUGGAUCUGGAGCCAAGCCAGCUGGAGCUGCAGGUGGAAAGCCAGCUGCACCCAAACCUGCUGCUGCUGCUGGUGGAGGUGGGAAGCAAGGUGGAGCCACUGGUGGCAAGCAAGGUGGAGCCACUGGUGGCAAGCAGCCUGCUGCUGCUGGUGCAAAGCCUGCUGCUGCUGCAAAGGGUGGAGCUACCGGAGGCAAACAGAAUGCUGCUGGAGGCAAGCCUGCUGCAGCUGCUGGUGGAAAGACUGGAGCUGCUGGAGGAAAGGCUGGAGCCACUGGAGGAAAGCCUGCAGCAGCUGCUGGAGGCAAGCAGGGUGGCAGCAAAACUGGAGCCACUGGACCCAAGGCUGCAGCAGGUGCAGGAAAAGCUGGAGGCAAACAGAGUGCUGGAGCUGCUGGAGCCAAGAAACAGGGAGCCAAGGCAACUGGCACCAAGGCAGCUGCUGGUGCCAAGCAGGGAGCAGGCACUAAACCAACAACAGGAACCAAGAGGCCAGCAGGAUCUGCUGCCAAGGGGCCUGCUGCCAAGAAACAAGCCAGUGGAGCAGCAGCUCCUAAGAAGGCAGCCCCGAAGAAGGCAGGAGCUAAGGGAGCAGUUGCUGGCAAGGCUGGUGCCAAGGGUGCAGCCAAGAAGCCUGCUGGUAAGGGAGCUGUUGGAAAGAAACCUGUGGCUAAGGGAGCUGCUCGUCCUAAGGUCGGAGUGAAGAAGUUGACCAUGGGAGCCUCCAAAGACAAGAGAGUGAAGACCAAGACUGGCAAGAAGGUUGCAGUAAAGAAGGCUGUGAGGGUGGCUCUCAAGAUUGUGAAGGGUGCUCAUGGCACCAGAGUGAAGAAAAUCAGAACUACUGUUCGUUUCCGUCGCCCCAAGACCCUGAGGCUGCCACGCAACCCCAAGUACCCUCGCCGCUCAGUCCCAAGGAAGAGCAAACUGGAUGCCUUCAACAUCAUCAAGUACCCUCUUACAACUGAGUCUGCCAUGAAGAAGAUUGAGGACAACAAUACCCUUGUCUUCAUCAUUGACCGUCUUGCUAACAAGUACCAGAUCAAGUCUGCUGUGAAGAAAUUGUAUGAGAUCGAUGCUGCUCGUGUCAACACGCUUCACAGGCCCGAUGGACUGAAGAAGGCGUAUGUGAAACUUGCCCCUGACUACGAUGCCCUUGAUGUUGCCAACAAGAUUGGCAUUAUCUAAACAUUGUGGUGAAUGGAAAGAUUUAAGUAAAAAAAAAUGUCUCA